CCACUUCCGUUCCCAAGAAGCUCUGUUGCAGUUUAUUAAACAUGGUGCCAAGCAUGUUGGGAAUCGUGGGUUUACGGUGGCUGGGAUGGGUCAUUCUGUCAGGUUUUACUAUGGUAAGCCUGCAGACCAUGGCCUGGGCGCCUCCACUCCGGUUCGGACUGUGGACCUCCGAAGUGAUACUAUCACCAAGCCCGGAGCAGCAAUGCGCAAAGCCAUGGCCGAAGCAGAAGUUGGAGACGAUGUGUUUGGAGAGGACCCGUCUGUAAACGAACUGCAAAAGCAAGCGGCAGAGAUGUUUGGCAUGGAGGCUGCCCUGUUCGUGCCUUCAGGGACCAUGAGUAACCUUAUUGCAGUAAUGGUGCAUUGCAAAGAAAGGGGAGACGAGAUGAUUGUGGGAGAUCGGUCACACAUGCACGUCUAUGAGCAGGGUGGAAGUGCACAGCUGGCUGGCGUUCCCUCCUCCAUGGUAGCCAACCUGCCCGAUGGCACCUUCGACUUGGCAGAGGUGGAGGCCAAGAUCCGGCACGGCUACCCAGACGCGCACUACCCUCGCUCCCGCUUGGUGUGUGUGGAGAACACGCAGAACAUCCAGGGGGGGCGUGUGCUCCCUCUCUCCUUUCUCCGGGAGCUGCGCUCACUGGCGGACCGCUAUGAUCUGAAAGUGCACAUGGACGGCGCCCGGCUGAUGAACGCUGUGGUGGCACUGGGUGUGGCCCCUUCUGUCAUCCUGCGGCACUGUCACACCGUCAGCGUCUGCCUGUCCAAGGGCCUCGGUGCACCAGUGGGCACCAUACUGGCUGGCCCGGGGGACUUUGUGCAGAGGGCGGUGCGUGCCCGCAAGGCCCUGGGCGGGGGGAUGCGUCAGGCGGGCAUCCUGGCCGCCGCGGGCAGGCUGGCCUUGACGGACAUGGUGGGCCGAUUGCAGGAGGAUCACCAGCGAGCCAGGAGCUUUGCGGAAGCACUGAUGCAGUGCGACCCACCCCUCUACCAAGUGGACAUGACUGCCGUGGAGACCAACAUCCUGCGCUUCUACCUGCGUGCGCCGAGCCUGAGCCCGGCGGAGUUCUGCGAGCAUGCAGCCAGUGUGUGUGACGACGAGGUCCGGGCGCUGGGCCAGGGCGUGCGGCUGCUCAUGUUCCCGCAUGUUGGGGGCUCCAUCCGGGCCGUCUGGCACCUGGGCGUCACCGAUGACGACACCCGGGCUGCCGUCGCGAAGAUGGGCUUCCUGGCUCGGCGGUACGCACGGGCGGCCGAUCGGAUCCAGUGAGGCGCGCCGGGGAGAACCUGGCCAGUCAUAACAUUGCCCAGAGUGGACACACUUAGCAGAAUUAUUCCAAACAAUAAAGUGAUCAGAGCUGUUUGGAGAGAAUCCUGCGAUGUUGCGUCCUCAGUCAUGCAUUCAUCUCUUCCAGUUAAUCAUUAAAAUGAAAAAGCAGCGACAAG